UUUCCAAAAUCCAUUUUUCUUUAUUGGUAAGUAGUAUAUCCCACCAUUUUCCUAUAAAUCAAACCCCUCACCCUUCUCCAAAGCCCCUUCUCUUCCACCUCUCUCACCCACAGCUUUCCAAUUUCCACACUUCUUCCUCUUCAUUUUCCAAUUUAAUUUUCCCCCUCUUUUCCUUUUUUCUAUUAUCGCCUCGUUUCUCUGGUUAAUUACAUACCAACCACACAUAUUUUUCCGAUAGAAUCUUGCCAAAAAUAAAUACUACUCCACUUGUUUUUCAAUUCAUACCUCACAACCCCAAAACUUCACAAAAAAUCAUUGAAUGUUGCAGAAACCGCCGUUAACGUUCCAGAUUCAUCGAUGUCUCCCGUUCUGAGCGAAGUUCUCCGGUCCGGUUUUAUGAUCAGUUCCUCCCUCCGCCGCGGCAGCCAUCUCGUCCAAUCCUUCUCCGUCGUCUUCCUCUACUGGUUCUACGUUUUCUCAUAAACUUUUCCCCCAAUUCACAAACUCUAGUUUAUCCCCUUUCUCUCCUUAUACAUAUACAUACGAUUAAUUCUUCAAUUGAUCCAAAAACACACACAAUCACUUAAAUUAAUUCAUUAAUGGCGACAUCGAGCGUGACUUCGUCGGAUUCGCCGCCGGUGAUGGACCAGAGGAAGCGGAAGCGGAUGCAAUCGAACCGCGAAUCGGCGCGGCGGUCGAGGAUGCGGAAGCAGAAGCACCUGGACGAUCUGAUGGCGCUGGCGGCGCAGCUGAGGAAGGAGAACGCGAUGAUCCGGAGCAGCAUCGGCGCCACCGCAGAGCGCUGCGUCAGUGUGGAGGCGGAGAACUCGGUGCUGGCCGCGCAAAUGAUGGAGCUGACGCAUAGGCUCGGAUCUCUCAAUGAAAUAUUGAGCUGCAUCGGUUCGGUUAGCGCCGCCGCUGCCGUCGGCGGCGGCGGAGGAUGCAUGUUUCAGUCGGAGGAGUUUCAGGUUGGUGAUGGCGCGCCGUGGAACUCGGUGGGGCUGAGCCACCACCCAAUCAUGGCGGAGAUGUUUGAUUAUUGAUGAAAAAAAUUGUGAACCACAGCAAAAUUGGUCAACGUGUUCUUGGUGGUUUUUUUUAAGAUUGGGGAUUUAAAAAAUAAAUAAUAUAAAAUGAAAAUUAGUGGUUGUCCUUUGUUGUAUUUUUAAUUGAUAAGGUUGAUUAGCAUUUGCGUAAAUGGAAUAUCUACAAUUAUUAUUAGUGUUGUUGAUGCUUUUGUCAUGAUUUGGAUCCAUUAGCCCAUGUUUGUUUUUAGGAACAUUCAAUUAUUAUUAUAGUAAUAAGUUAUUUUAAAGGGAUAA